CACUUUCCCUUUUCCCUCUCCCACUUCCCAUAAUGGGCUCAAAACUCGACCGUUGAGACACGGAAACGAGGGAACAGAGACCUUGAAAAGACACCCAAGGAAGAAAGAGAGGAGCAGAGAACAAUGCCGGCAGUGAGAAUGAAAACCCAAACCGUAGAAACCUCACCAAACAACUCUGAUCAUCAUCUUCAAACCAACAAUGAGAACAAAACCCGAACCCCAAAAAUCUCACUUUAUGAACAGUCAAGAGAAGAAAGGAUCAAAGAGAACCUUGAAAGAAUGCAACAGCUUGGUCUUAAAGACCGAUCCAACUCCCUCCUCAACUCCAACUCUCAUCUCUCCUCAAGGCGUGGGCGUCCCCGUAGCGGCAGUAAGCCGCCAGUUACCCCACUACGCUCUUCCUUGUUGCCAUCUGGCCCCCUCCGCCGCUCCUCCAGGUUGCAAAAUACUACUCCAGUGUCCUAUUCAGAAGUGGUUUUGGCAAAAAAAGAUGAACUUUUGGAGGAUGUGGAUCUGAAGCUAAAGGAAUCAGAGGUGUAUACGGAAGAGCAUGAGAAACUUUUGGGUAACACUGAGAGGAUCUGGACACUUUUUGUGGAUGGAUGUGGAAGUGAUGGAAGACGGAUUUAUGAUCCUGUCAAGGGAAAGACUUGCCAUCAAUGCCGGCAGAAAACUCUUGGUCAUCGUACUCAUUGUAGCAAAUGUGGCAUGGUCCAAGGACAGUUCUGUGGAGAUUGUUUAUAUAUGAGAUACGGAGAGCAUGUGCUUGAAGCAAUAGAGAAUCCAAAUUGGGUUUGCCCUGUGUGUCGUGGAAUUUGCAACUGUAGUUUGUGCCGGCAAGCGAAAGGGUGGGCCCCUACUGGCUCUCUUUAUAGGAAGAUAUCACAAAUGGGCUUCAAGUCAGUUGCACAUUAUCUCAUUCAAACCCGACGUGUGCAAACCAAUAAUGAAAAGAAUCCAGAUACUAUUGAUCAGGUUUCUGCUAAGAGGUCGCUGUCCUUUCCAGCUCUAGAACUGCCAUCAAAAGGAUCUUCUGAUGUCAACAAUAAUCAGCCUGAAAUAUCAAAUCCUCAAUCUGGAGAGGAUGGCUUGAACUGUGAGAAAAAAGACAACAAUGCGUACCCAGAACCAAAUCCAACUAUUAUUCAUCAAAAUUCUGCAAGGAAACCAUUGCUCUUCUCAAAUUCUGAAGCAGAGUUUGAAGAAGGGAAAUCUACAGAGAUCAACCUUAAUGCCCAUGGGCAGCUGGGAUCUUCAGAUUUAGAUUCUGGAAAAAAGAGAGAUGAUGGGUUCAAAUGUGAACAUGAGAAGGAAUUGCAUUUCCCAGACAAAGAACCUAACAGUAGCCCUGUAACAUUAGAGCGUUACGUGAGACCUGGAACGAAUCAUGCAUUUAGCGUUGAACCUAGCCCUGACAAUGCUGCGGAAAGGCAUGGAAAAGAUAACAGCUGCAAUGAUGAUGGGACAAUGGGGGUGAAUGACAAAGUUUUGGAUGUUAAAGAGACUGCAAACCAUGUAGUCUCAGAAAAGAAACAAGUCAAAGAGAGGGAACAUGUUGAUAACGACAAUAAAGGUGAAGGCUAUAUCGCAUCAGAGAGUAGUCCAAAGCUUAAGAAGAGGCCUGCAUCUGCUAUGGGACAUAGCCCAGACAGUAUUGCUGAAAGGAUGAAGCAAAGGCGUCGACAAGGCAAAGAUCAUGACGAGCAGGUGUUAGCAGGGGCAAAUGAGAGUGUAUCGGAUGCUAAGCAGGUUGCUGAAAACACUUCAUCAGGGAAGGAAUCUGAGGCCAAUCUAAAGCGUACUUCUUCUGGGACUAAUGUAGACUGUAUAGCCAGAAGAUUAAGGCCGCGAAAGAAAUUACUUUGAAGGAGCAGCUUCCUCAUCAGUACUUUUGUCAACUAGGAUUGAGUUCAUAAUGCUUUUAUUGACAGUGGAAGUAGCCUCAAUAUUUUGUAUAGGGCUUAGGUCUAGAAGCAAAAUUAGUUGAAGAAGCAGUUCUUCAUUCUUCCUCCUAGUUAAAGUGUGCUUUGCAACAUUUAUGGGUCCUGCCAAAGUCCCAUUUUGUGGUCUAAUCUUUAUGAAGUUAGUUUGAGACGUAAUUACCGCUAUUAUAUCUUUAAUGAACAGUAGCUUGAACAUGUUGGUGCUUAUAUGUAGCUGUGCUUAUUUCUAUUGACAUAGCUUGUUAUAUU